CAUAUGUACAUUAUUGUACAUACAGAAAUAAAAUAUAUAAGCUAGAUUGUUUAAUCUAAAACUGCAUUUAUAAGACGGAGUAUUAGAAAAGUAGGAUAUAGUAUAAAUAAACAUAACUGUUAUCAUUCUCAUAAGGUUUUAUCGACGUCAGUCCUCGCAGCUGAAAUUUUGUGUUUCUAAAUAGUUAUUCUCUUUGGUAAAUUAGAAUUGCAGACGAACCAAUAAACCGCAAAUAUAUUUUAUUAAGGAGAUUAGCUUUAAACGAAUCAUUUUUAUACCUAUUGAACAAAGUACAUAAUAUGGAGGAAGCCAAAGCGGUUAAAGAAAAUCCUCUGGACAUCGACAGCAGUAGUUUCAGCCCAGACGUCUACUUAGAUUGUCUUCUAAAAUGCGCUACCCUAAAGCAAGUAAUGGACAAAGAAGCGGAAAUUGUAACUCAAAGUCAAUUUCUACAAUCAGAAAUGCAGACAUUGGUUUAUGAAAAUUAUAAUAAAUUUAUUUCGGCGACCGAAACUGUACGCAAAAUGCGUUCCGAUUUUAAAAUAAUGCAAGAAGAAAUGAAUAAACUUAGCGAGAAUAUCAAUAAAAUAACUACAUUCAGCUCUCAAAUAUCUGAAAAUCUCCAAGGCAGCGGUAAUAAUGUUCGACGUUUGUGUGGUACAAGACAGCUGUUAGAUAAACUGCAGUUCCUUUUCCUUCUACCUUCUCAACUUAACAAAGCAAUAGCAGAAGGCAGAUACAGUGAUGCUGUACAAGACUAUUCACAUGCUCAGCGAGUACUCCAAAAAUAUGGCAAUCAGCCUUCAUUCCAAAGCAUACAGACUGAGUGUUCAGAAAUUAUAUUUGAACUGAAGAAGACACUCCGUGAAAGACUUAUCAGUCCUAAUACAUCUGCAACUGAACUUGCUGAAAGUGUAGCCCUUUUAAGGCAGCUCCAAGAAAGUGAUUCAUCCUUACAAGAUAUAUUCCUUAGUUGUGCAGAGAGUCGUCUUGACAAACACUUGCAGAUGCUCAGUUCUAUAGCUGAACAUACAGACAUUUUGGACUGGGUAGAAAAAUGCAAUAAUACAUUGUUGGCUGAUUUAGCUAUUAUAAUAUCAUGUUACAAUGAAAUGUUCGAACAAGAAGCUAUCAUACCCGAAUUUGCUGAUAAAAUAAUGAUUCAAAUUUUUCAUUUAUUCGAAGAGGUCAUUAAAAGACCCGAGAACAAUGGAACUGAAAUGUUAAUAAGGGGCCUUGACAAAUUCUUCAGAAAACUCCAGGCUAUGACCGAAAUAUCAUCAAGUGAUAUGAUGUCCAGUAAAGGCACUGAGGUUGUCAUUCAGUGUAUAAAUCACAAGGCUAUGGUACAGUACCAGAGCAUACAGACUCAAUUUAAAGACAGUCUUAUGAAAGUAAGACAGUCUUUGGCCAGUAAAGGGUCAGAAACAAUUGACUUAAAAGAUAUACUGAACUCCCUUCAAGUAUAUCUGAUGCAAAAAAUUCAAGCCUCACUCUUAGAUCUAAUGGCAUUCUUACAAAAUAAUUUAUCAUUUGGAUUAAAACCUUGGUGUGCAAAAGCAGUAGCCGAUGCUUGCUCAAAAGUCAUAAAUGAAACUAUGGCUAAUCUUUCUGAUCUGGUAAAAAAGAUGGCUUGCCUUCAGACUUCAAAUAACAACAUUCCUUUUGAAUUGCUACUUAUACUAGCUAAGCUAUGUUUGGAUAUGCAAGAGACUGGUGUCUCGACAUUACAGAACCAUCUUCUCAAACUCUUAGAAGAGGCUGCUCCUGGCCUCACUGUGGAUAACAAGGAUACUAGUAGUGUCAUGGUCCACUUAUCUACUGCAGCGCAGACUGCGCUAGAUUCAGAAGUUGUAUUUAUUGGCCAGACUGCAGCCCAAAUGUUGAGAGUAUCUGUAUUAGCUAGAGAUUGGUUGCGAGCUCCAGAACCAAGGGGGCCAAGAGCAGUAUGCAGAAGAGUAGUGGAGACCUUAGCUAGUGCUGAUGGUGCUGCAUCUCAACUGUUUCCAACUAGUAUUAAACCUUCUAGUGACUCCAGUCGGCGUACUAUUUGGUCACGUGCUCCUUCUUCUUUUUCACCUCUUAAUAGGAUAUUCUCUGAAAGAAUUGAAGUGUUUAGUCCUGCAGGGGCAGACAGAGCUGCACUAUCAAAUGGUGCCCUAAAAGUAGCUUUGAAAGCAUUAGUUGAAUGUGUGCGCCUACGCACAUUUGGAAGGCAUGGCCUACAGCAAUUACAAGUUGAUGUUCACUUUCUACAGCAAAGGCUUUCAUGUAUGGGCAAUGAUGAGAGGCUUCUAAAUGCUUUGCUUGAAGAUGCUUUAGCAUCAGCACAGUUGAGAUGCGUUGACCCACAACUAAUGGAACCUAGUAUUGUAGAUAUUAUUUGUGAAAGAGGUUGAAGGUGAAGAACAUGACGGUUGUAUUGAUAAAACUGGCUUAAUUAUCAUGAUUCAAAUUUAGAUUAGUCUAGGGAACCAAUCUUAAAUAUUAAAUAAACAAACAAUUAUUUAUA